UUCUUACUCACAUACUGCGGAGCUAUGGCCGAGGAGAGUCGCGGGAAACGCAGGAAACAAGCAAACCCCCGACGGAACCGAGAGUGUUCUCUGGGCUCAGAGGGAGAAGAUGAGGGGUGCGUUUGGGGAACGGAUACGCAGGAUGAAAAAAACGGACAAGACAAGAUGAGUCUGACACCCAGCGAGGGCACAGAGGCUGGCAGCCCUGUACGUUCUACCCAUGCUCACAGUCUGAGCCCCUCACUGGAGCACUGGGAUGAAGCUGAGAACUCUGCCCUCCCAAGUACACACAGAGAGAGUGAGAACAGCACAUCCAGUAAGUACACACAGAAAGACGAAUGUGUGGUGGAGGACUGGCCUCGAUAUGACUUCCUCAUGCAACUGAGGAAAGUGUCCCAACACUCUCAUCCAAAAUUCAAUGGCUCUGUUCCUUCCUACCACACAGGUAGCAUGCAGGAUGAUGCAUCAUCUACCCUGUCACCAGGUGCCCGGGAAUCACCCGAGAGGAAAGGUAUAACAGAUGUAGAGCCUGGGAGCCCUGAUGCCACACAGAAUGCAAUGCACAUGUGUCCGUUUUGCCAGCAGUCAUAUCAGCAUUCCACCUACCUUAGAGAACACAUAAAGGUGUGCCAGGAGAGGGAGGGAGGGCACAGUGUGUGUCCACUCUGUGGUUAUAGCACUUCCUACAGGGCACAGAUGGAGCGGCACAUGGCACUGCACGCCCAGGUGAAGGAGAAGAAUCAAGUGUCUGACCCAAAUCUGGAGAACAGGAAGUUUAAAUGUGCGCAGUGUGGAAAAGCCUUUAAAUACAAGCAUCAUCUUAAGGAGCAUCUGCGUAUACACAGUGGUGAAAAGCCUUAUGAGUGCUCCAACUGUAAGAAACGUUUCAGCCACUCAGGAUCCUACAGCUCACACCUCAGCAGCAAAAAGUGCCUUAGUGGUGGUGGAUCAGGGAAUGGAUCCUACUUUAAUGGUCACUCUCAAACUUCUUACCACUUCCCCUCCCCAACGUCACCCCCUGUGGUCGGAAGCAGAAGCAUUAGCAAAGGAAAAAGCUCUCCCUUUACCCCACUGAGUUAUUGCUCACCAGAGCAGCCAGCCAAUCGAAGACAAGAAUCUUUUACUUCUGCCCUGUGUGCUUCAGAUAUAGGGAGAGUAUGGGAUCCUGCUGCCAUCAUGAGAAUGGGUGUAUUUCAAGGGACUUCACUUUUGCCCUUUCUGCAGUCCGGUAGCAAGUUUGAACAACUCCUGCAGGAAAUGCUGCAAAAGGACGUAGGGAAAGAGGAGAAGCGAGAAAACGGGACUGAGAUGGAUGAAAAUGAUGAUACCAAAAGAGAAGUGAAAAGUGAUAUGUCCGUCGCAGCCGUCUCAUGUCAGUGGUGCUUUCAGCUGUUUCCAAAUGAAGUGGUUCUAAAGCAGCAUGAGAGAUACCUGUGCAAGUGCAGAGAGGAACAGGAUGUUGCACAGCUGCAGAGCAACAAAGAAGGAUCACCACUUAACUUCUCCCAAGUCUCACAGAUUCCUCAUGAUACACAAAAAACACCUACCACACCUAACGGAUUGCCCAGAGAUCUUUUAUCCCCUCAGCAGCCGUCCUGGCAUUCAGUCCCACAGCAGCUUCUUGUGCCACUGCAGUCGCCCAUGCACCUUCACCAUGAAUCUUUACAUGCCAGCUGGUUAAACAAACAGACAGGCAGUCCUGCAAACUCCAGCCUCAUGAGUCCAACCUCACCCCCAAUGCAGGAACGCAGACAUCCAGGCUUCAGCUCCUCACCCUGCCAUGAGCUGUCAUUUACAUCACCAAGUCAGCUCAGCCAACAAAGACCUUCGGCUAGAUUGGAGGGUUCUCAAAGUGAACCCCUGGACCUUUCCAUUCCCAAAACACGUUUUGGCUCAGACCUGGCCAAAGAGAACAAAGAACAAUCAUGUAAUGGCAACUUGCCGAGUAGGAAUCGCAAAGAUGUGGAGCAUGUGGACAGAAGAUUAACACCACCGUCUCGGCACCAAGUCGGCAGAGCCUAUACAUCUUUAUUUGGAAGUGCUGUUUUUAACAACUACCCUUUUUUCAAUCCAAUUAUUCCAAGUGCUCUUGCUGGGAUGGGACAUAACGGUCUCACAUCACUUCCUUUAACACCCCCGGCACCCAGCCCUGGGUUUCUUUCUCCUAUGACAUACAUGAUGGAGGCAGAAUCAGAGGCCAUGCUGAAAAGACUUCAGGAGAGAACUGUCAUGGGUGAUGCAAGAAAUCGUAGAAGUCUGGACUGCAUCUCUCUAAUAGAUGAAGGAAUAGAUGAGGACAACGGCCCGGGGAGAAAAAGACUAAGAAAGACUGAGGAAGGACUGUAUGCCUGUGACAUCUGCGACAAAAGCUUUCAGAAGAGCAGCUCUCUACUGCGCCACAAAUAUGAACACACAGGAAAGCGGCCUCACGAGUGCCAGAUCUGUAAAAAAGCAUUUAAACACAAGCACCACCUGAUUGAGCACAGCCGCCUCCACUCUGGAGAAAAACCCUAUCAGUGCGAUAAAUGCGGCAAGCGUUUCUCCCACUCGGGCUCUUACUCACAGCACAUGAACCAUCGCUACGCCUUCUGUGGUCGAGAACACGACCCAGACGGUCCAGGAGAAGAGCAUGUCAUGGAUAUGGCUUUCUACACGAGCUCACAUAGGGAACUUAAUUCUGAAUCAGGAGAUGCUGCAUUUACACUUGAGGAAACAGCCACCUUUCUCAGUGAUUCCAGCCAGGAUGGGGCUCCAAUAGGUUUUAAAGUGGAAGAUGAAGAAGAGGAGAGUUCACUGAGUAACCAUGCGGAAAGAGGGGAGAAAAGAAUGGAAGUAGAGGAGAAGAUGUGCGGCCUGAAAAAAACAAGAGAAGAAAAGAGGAAAGAGGAAGCUGAAGGAAAUAAUUAUAAACAUGAGAUUAAAACAGAGCACAAUGGUGAGGAACAGAGAAACAGACUUAACAUACAACUUGAGACAGUAUAAAAUGCUGGACAUUAAAA